UGGUCAUAUCAUAGUUUGCCUUCAGAGAUAAACAUGUUCCAGGCACCAUCGUUGCUGGUGUAGUCAGACUUGAUUAGAUUUAACGUUUUCAUGUUUUCAGUCAUAUAAUCUUUGUUUGGGAAAAUCACGGACGAACUCAAGGGGACAGUGAGCGAGUUUGCCGCCCAAGUUUGGAGACCAGACGCCGGCUGGAGAGCGCCUGGUGCGCGCUUUAAUUACAACCACAACAACACACCCAGGCGAUUAUUAAGAGGAUUUGAAGAUGAAUGUCACGGGCGUUUUUUGCAAAAACAACCAAACAGAGAACCUGACUGACCCGUUAUGUCUGAAUUCAACUCACUCAUCCUACAACUACAUCAACAUCACCACUUUCAUGCACAUAUUCCCUUCAAUUUAUGGCAUCCUGUGUUCAGUGGGAGUUAUAGCCAAUGGACUGGUCAUCUACGCAGUGAAAGCAUGCAAAAAGAAAAUGGUAUCAGACAUCUACGUGCUGAACUUGGCAAUAGCCGACAUGCUGUUCUUGCUUGUGAUGCCCUUCAACAUUCAUCAGCUGGUCAGAGACAGACAGUGGGUCUUUGGAAACUUCAUGUGCAAAGCGGUCGUAGUGGUGGACGUCAGCAACCAGUUUACCACAGUGGGAAUUGUUACUGUGUUGUGCAUUGACCGGUACAUAGCUAUUGUACACCCCACGUCAGAGAAGAGGACCAUCCAGUGGACCAUCAUCAUCAACCUGCUGGUGUGGCUGGGCAGCUUCCUCCUUACCGUCCCUGUCAUGCUGUACGCCAAGGUUGUGCGCAGACAGCAUUUGGAGAUGUGCAUGAUGUACCUGGACGGCCCUGAGGAUAUGUACUGGUACACUCUCUACCAGUCUAUCCUGGGCUUCAUCAUUCCUCUCAUCAUCAUCAGCACCUUCUACUCACUCACCCUCUACCACGUCUUCAGCUCUAUCCGCCGCGUCAAACGGAAGCAGUCGAUUUGGGCUAAAAGAGCCACAAAGAUGGUCCUAAUGGUCAUCGGCCUGUUCCUCAUCUGCUGGUCGCCCUACCACGUCAUUCAGGUGGUCAACCUGACCAACAACACCCCGACUAUCGCCUUUGUCUAUGCCUACAACAUCAGCAUCUGCCUCAGCUACUCCCACAGCUGCAUCAACCCGCUCAUGUUGCUCAUCUUCGCCCAGAAUUACCGCGAGCGUCUGUGCUCCAGGAACGCGCUGCACAGCUCCCAGCACUCAUCCAAGGGCACGGUGGUGAAAACGGAUGGUUCCAGUACGACCAAUGAGCCCAACUACCGUUGCACUGUCAUCUAAUCAGAGAGGUGUCUUUUUGUAUAUACUGUACACAUGUUAAUGUAAAUGCUGCUCGCCCCCAAAAGGAUGUAGCUUGAUCAAUGGUGUUGCCUGUCAGGCCAUAUUCUGCAGCUUUUUCCAAUUAAAAAACAUAAAAAAAACUGGGCAGAAAUCACUCACUCACUCACUCACCAGCGCUUUAUGUUGUUACUUAUUUUUAUUUAGUCUUUCUCCUCCUACAACAUCAUAGGCACAGCCAAGCCCGCCUGAGGAAUCACACGUGCUUAAUGUCAACCCACUUGCUCACUCUUUCAUCUGCUCAUUCCUUUACUUUACAUAUUUGUCUUCUCUACACCUACUUACAUAUUUAUUUACCCAUCCCAAUUUCUCCUGUCCUCAUUUAUUGAUCAAAUUGUCUAUUGUUGCCAUUCUGGAUCUUAUAUUUUUAUUUUAUUGUAUUAUUUUAUUAAAUAAUUGAUUUCCCCUAUAGUUUCAUUAUCUCCCCCUCCCAAUUAUUGCUAAUCAAAAUAAAUUCAGGUAAUCAUUCCACUGAUGCCAGUGAUGAAGCAGCAGCUUUGGCUCAGCUGUGGAUUGAAACCACUGGAUUAAAAAUACUCCCUGUCCCAACAACCGGCUCACUCCUAAGAGUUUGGGGGCAGGUUCUGAAAGGGGCCACAGGUAUCUGUAAUGGGCCCUCCACAGGGUCCCCCCAUGGUACCAUAGAUGGAAUGCAGAGGUGUAUUUUAAGUGUAUUUGGUUCCUUCUCUUUUUCUCCUGCCUCUUUGUCUUUUCUCUUUCAGUCAUAAAUAU